AUGUAUGUGAUAUGCAGUUUCCGAGCAUCGGUUCCUCAAGGCUUGGUGUUAGAAAUAGGAGAAACGGUCCAGAUUCUUGAAAAAUGUGAAGGUUGGUAUAGAGGAGUUUCAACAAAGAAGCCAAAUGUAAAGGGAAUCUUCCCUGCAAAUUACAUUCACCUGAAAAAGGCAAUUGUUAGUAAUAGAGGGCAAUAUGAAACUGUGGUUCCACUCGAAGAUUCUAUUGUGACUGAGGUUACAGCAACUCUACAAGAAUGGGCCAGUCUGUGGAAACAACUCUAUGUGAAACACAAAGUAGAUCUUUUCUACAAACUACGCCAUGUGAUGAAUGAACUUAUUGACCUUCGAAGGCAGCUGCUGUCUGGUCACCUGACUCAGGAUCAGGUGCGGGAAGUUAAGCGGCACAUCACCGUGCGACUGGACUGGGGGAAUGAGCAUUUGGGCCUGGACCUGGUGCCUCGGAAGGACUUUGAAGUAGUGGAUUCAGACCAGAUUAGUGUCUCUGAUCUCUAUAAAAUGCAUUUAUCUAGCCGGCAGAGUGUACAGCAAAGCACAUCCCAGGUAGAUACAAUGCGCCCACGUCAUGGGGAAGCCUGUCGGAUGCCAGUGCCACAUCACUUCUUCCUCAGCCUGAAGAGUUUUACCUACAACACCAUUGGGGAAGAUGCCGAUGUCUUCUUUUCCUUAUAUGAUAUGAGAGAAGGCAAGCAGAUCAGUGAGCGGUUUCUGGUGAGACUGAACAAGAAUGGUGGGCCAAGGAACCCAGAGAAGAUAGAACGAAUGUGUGCCCUUUUUACAGAUCUGAGCAGCAAAGAUGUGAAGAGAGAUUUGCACAUGGUCGCCCAUGUGAUACGGAUAGGCCGGAUGCUCUUGAAUGACUCCAAGAAGGGUCCUGCUCACCUGCACUACCGGCGACCAUAUGGCUGUGCGGUCCUUAGCAUUCUGGAUGUCCUACAGUCACUCACAGAAUUAAAGGAAGAAAAGGAUUUUGUUCUUAAGGUUUACACGUGCAACAACGAGAGUGAGUGGUCCCAGAUCCACGAGAAUAUCAUCCGCAAGUCCAGCGCCAAGUACUCUGCCCCCAGUGCCAGCCAUGGCCUUAUCAUUUCUCUCCAGCUUCUUCGUGGAGACAUGGAACAGAUAAGGAGAGAAAACCCCAUGAUAUUUAAUAGGGGAUUGGCGAUUACAAGAAAAUUGGGAUUUCCUGAUGUCAUCAUGCCAGGCGACAUCCGCAAUGACCUGUACCUAACGCUGGAGAAGGGGGAUUUCGAGAGAGGGGGGAAGAGUGUACAAAAGAAUAUUGAAGUGACCAUGUAUGUGCUUUAUGCGGACGGAGAGAUCUUGAAGGACUGCAUCAGCCUGGGCUCGGGAGAGCCCAACAGGAGCUCCUACCGCUCGUUCGUCCUCUACCACAGCAACAGCCCCCGCUGGGGGGAGGUCAUCAAGCUGCCCAUCCCCGUCGACCGCUUCCGCGGCUCCCACCUGCGCUUCGAGUUCAGGCAUUGUUCCACCAAGGACAAAGGGGAAAAGAAACUCUUUGGCUUUGCGUUCUCACCCCUGAUGCGGGAUGACGGCACCACUCUCUCCGAUGAUAUCCACGAGCUCUAUGUGUACAAGUGCGAUGAGAAUAGCACGUUUAACAACCAUGCUCUGUACCUGGGCCUUCCCUGCUGCAAGGAGGACUACAAUGGCUGCCCCAACAUCCCCUCCAGCCUCAUCUUCCAGCGUAGCACCAAAGAGUCUUUCUUCAUCUCCACGCAGCUCUCUUCCACCAAACUUACCCAGAAUGUGGACCUCCUUGCUCUGCUGAAAUGGAAGGCCUUUCCAGACAGGAUCAUGGACAUCCUGGGGCGGCUGCGGCAUGUCAGUGGAGAGGAAAUUGUGAAGUUUCUGCAGGACAUCUUAGAUACACUCUUUGUGAUUUUGGAUGAUAAUACAGAGAAAUACGGCCUGUUGGUGUUUCAGUCUUUGGUGUUCAUCAUCAAUCUCCUCAGAGACAUCAAGUAUUUCCACUUCCGGCCUGUAAUGGACACAUAUAUCCAGAAGCACUUUGCUGGAGCCCUGGCAUACAAGGAGCUUAUCCGCUGUUUGAAGUGGUACAUGGAUUGCUCAGCAGAACUGAUUCGGCAGGACCACAUUCAGGAAGCCAUGCGGGCCUUGGAGUACCUUUUCAAGUUCAUCGUGCAGUCGAGGAUCCUGUAUUCAAGAGCCACAUGUGGAAUGGAAGAGGAGCAGUUCCGGUCCAGCAUCCAAGAACUUUUCCACUCCAUCCGGUUUGUUCUCAGUCUGGACAGCAGAAACUCAGAAACACUCCUCUUCACUCAGGCUGCACUCCUCAAUUCCUUCCCAACCAUUUUUGAUGAGCUGCUGCAAAUGUUCACCGUGCAGGAGGUGGCAGAGUUUGUGAGAGGGACUCUGGGGAGCAUGCCCAGCACUGUACACAUUGGACAGUCAAUGGAUGUGGUGAAGCUGCAGUCCAUCGCCAGGACUGUGGACAGCCGCCUGUUCUCUUUCUCAGAAUCCCGCCGCAUCCUGCUUCCUGUGGUUCUCCAUCACAUUCACCUUCACCUGAGGCAGCAGAAAGAGCUGCUCAUCUGCUCAGGGAUUCUUGGCAGCAUCUUCUCCAUCGUCAAGACCAGCUCUCUGGAGGCAGAUGUCAUGGAGGAGGUAGAGAUGAUGGUGGAGAGCCUCCUGGACGUGCUCUUGCAGACUCUGCUCACCAUCAUGAGCAAAUCGCACGCUCAGGAGGCGGUAAGAGGGCAGCGGUGCCCGCAGUGCACAGCCGAGAUCACUGGUGAGUAUGUGUCCUGCCUUCUCUCACUGCUCCGCCAGAUGUGUGACACCCAUUACCAGCACCUCCUGGACAACUUCCAGAGCAAAGAUGAACUCAAGGAAUUCCUGCUGAAGAUUUUCUGUGUGUUCCGGAAUCUGAUAAAGAUGAGCGUCUUUCCUCGGGACUGGAUGGUGAUGAGACUUCUCACAAGCAAUAUUAUAGUCACUACUGUCCAGUACUUGUCUUCUGCACUGCACAAGAAUUUCACAGAGACGGACUUUGACUUUAAGGUGUGGAAUUCUUAUUUUAGCCUGGCAGUUCUGUUCAUAAAUCAGCCAAGCCUCCAGCUAGAAAUCAUCACUUCUGCCAAGAGGAAGAAGGUUCUAGAUAAGUAUGGGGACAUGCGUGUGAUGAUGGCUUAUGAACUGUUCAGCAUGUGGCAGAAUCUAGGUGAACAUAAGAUCCACUUUAUUCCGGGAAUGAUUGGUCCUUUUCUGGGUGUGACACUGGUCCCUCAGCCAGAAGUGCGGAAUAUCAUGAUUCCCAUCUUCCAUGACAUGAUGGACUGGGAGCAAAGGAAAAAUGGCAACUUCAAACAGGUGGAGGCUGAGCUGAUUGACAAGCUGGACAGCAUGGUGUCAGAAGGGAGAGGUGACGAGAGCUACAGGGAGCUCUUCGGCCUGCUCCUGCUGGAGAAGGUUGAACAGGAAACAUGGCGCGAGACCGGCAUUUCCUUUGUGACCUCAGUCACCCGCCUCAUGGAACGCCUUCUUGACUACAGGGACUGCAUGAAAGGAGAGGAAACGGAGAAUAAGAAGAUCGGCUGCACCGUGAACCUGAUGAACUUCUACAAAUCGGAGAUUAACAAAGAAGAGAUGUAUAUUCGCUAUAUCCAUAAGCUUUGUGACAUGCAUUUGCAGGCUGAGAACUACACAGAGGCUGCGUUCACUCUGCUCCUGUACUGUGAGCUGCUGCAGUGGGAGGAGCGGCCUCUACGGGAAUUCCUCCACUACCCAUCUCAGACUGAGUGGCAGCGGAAGGAGGGGCUGUGCCGCAAGAUCAUCCACUACUUCAACAAAGGCAAGAGCUGGGAGUUUGGAAUCCCACUGUGCAGGGAGCUGGCCUGUCAGUAUGAGAGCCUCUACGAUUACCAGAGCCUCAGCUGGAUUCGGAAAAUGGAAGCCAGCUACUAUGAUAGCAUCAUGGAGCAGCAGCGCCUGGAGCCUGAGUUCUUUCGGGUCGGCUUCUAUGGCAGGAAGUUUCCUUUCUUCCUUCGGAACAAAGAAUAUGUGUGCCGCGGCCAUGACUAUGAGAGGCUGGAGGCCUUCCAGCAGAGGAUGCUCAGCGAGUUUCCACAGGCCGUUGCCAUGCAGCACCCCAACCACCCCGACGACACCAUCCUGCAGUGUGAUGCCCAGUACUUGCAGAUCUACGCAGUGACGCCCAUUCCAGAUUACGUGGAUGUCCUGCAGAUGGACAGGGUCCCGGAUCGCGUCAAGAGCUUCUACCGUGUCAACAAUGUGAGGAAGUUCCGGUACGACAGGCCUUUUCACAAAGGCCCCAAGGACAAGGACAAUGAAUUCAAGAGCCUGUGGAUCGAGCGCACCACGCUGACCCUGACGCAUAGCUUGCCGGGCAUCUCUCGGUGGUUUGAAGUGGAGAGGAGGGAACUGGUGGAGGUGAGCCCUCUGGAGAACGCCAUCCAAGUUGUGGAGAACAAGAACCAGGAGCUGCGGGCGCUGAUUGGCCAGUACCAGCACAAGCAGGUGCAUGGCAACGUCAGCCUGCUCAGCAUGUGCCUGAAUGGCGUCAUUGAUGCUGCGGUCAAUGGAGGCAUCGCGCGCUACCAAGAGGCUUUCUUUGAUAAAGAUUACAUCACCAAGCACCCGGGAGAUGCUGAGAAGAUCACCCAGCUCAAGGAGCUCAUGCAGGAACAGGUCCAUGUCCUUGGAGUUGGGCUGGCAGUUCACGAGAAGUUUGUGCACCCAGAAAUGCGCCCUCUGCAUAAGAAGCUGAUCGAUCAGUUCCAGAUGAUGCGGGCCAGUCUCUACCAUGAGUUUCCAGGUUUGGACAAGCUAAGUCCUGCAUGUUCAGGCACCAGCACCCCCCGGGGCAAUGUCCUAGCAUCUCAUAGCCCCAUGAGCCCCGAGAGCAUCAAGAUGACCCACCGGCACAGCCCCAUGAACUUGAUGGGCACAGGUCGCCAUUCAUCAUCCUCUCUCUCCUCACAUGCGUCUAGUGAAGCGGGAAACAUGGUGAUGCUGGGUGAAGGCUCCAUGGGCGAGGCUCCUGAGGACCUGUACCACCACAUGCAGCUCGCGUACGCCCACCCCAGGUCCCAGGGCUCGGUCACCAACGUCUCUGCCCUGUCCUCGUCCCAGGCGAGCCCGUCCUCCUCCAGCCUGAGUUCCACCCACUCAGCACCGUCCCAGAUGACUGCCUCCGCCCCUUCCAGUGCCCGAGGCUCUCCCUCUCUGCCAGAUAAGUACCGCCAUGCCCGGGAAACGAUGCUGCUGCUGCCUGCGCACCGGGACCGGCCGAGCAGCGCCAUGUAUCCAGCAGCCAUCCUGGAGAAUGGACAGCUGCCAAAUUUCCAGCCAGCCCUGUUCCAGCAAGUGGUCGGAGCCUGCAAACCCUGCAGUGACCCCAAUCUGUCUGUGGCUGAAAAAGGUCAUUACUCCCUACACUUUGACACCUUCCACCACCCACUGGGUGACACCCCCCCGGCCCUCCCUGCCCGGACCCUGCGCAAGUCUCCUCUCCACCCUAUCCCAGCCUCCCCCACCAGCCCCCAGUCGGGCCUGGAUGGCAGCAACUCUACACUGUCCGGCAGCGCCAGCAGUGGUGUGUCCUCCUUGAGCGAGAGUAACUUUGGGCACUCCUCAGAGGCCCCGCCUCGAAAUGACACCAUGGACUCCAUGCCUGGCCAGGCCUGGCAUGCUGAUGAAGACCUUGAGCCGCCCUACCUCCCUGUUCACUACAGCCUCUCCGAGUCUGCUGUCCUGGAUUCCAUCAAGUCCCAGCCAUGCCGAAGCCACUCAGCCCCGGGAUGUGUCAUCCCUCAGGACCCCAUGGACCCGCCUGCGCUGCCACCCAAACCCUACCACCCCCGCCUGCCGGCCCUGGAGCAUGAUGAGGGUGUACUGCUGCGUGAAGAGGCCGAUAGGCCUCGGGGCCUGCACCGCAAGGCCUCACUGCCUCCUGGGAGCACCAAGGAAGAGCAGGCCCGCAUGGCCUGGGAGCAUGGCCGAGGAGAACAGUGA